ACCCGCAACAACACUUUGCCAACUUUAUCACGACGUAUUGAGUCCCACAGUGACCAUUGCAGAUUAAGUGCUUGCAAGCGACAUGGAAGAUCCCAGUGCUGCAGCAACGUCGCCCCGACGACUGGCUGUCCUCAUCUCGGGAGAGGGAACUAACCUUCAAGCACUGAUCGAUGCACAGAACACAUCGUCUCUGCCUAAUACCUGCAUAGUCCUCGUUCUCUCCAAUCGUAAAAACGCACGCGGUCUAAUACGCGCUUCCACUGCCUUGCCUCCGAUCCCUACCGCAUACCUCGGCCUUCAGCCAUUUCUUAAGUCAAAUCCUGGAAAGACGCGCGAGGACUACGAUGUAGAGGUCGCGCGCAUCGUGUUACGCGCCAAGCCAGAUGCCGUUGUAUGUGCAGGGUGGAUGCACAUCGUGAGCGAGGGGUUCUUGGAUGUUCUCAGGGGGACGCGGGUAUUGGAGGGGGAGGAGGUGCUUGCAAGGGAGAUACCUGUUAUUAACAUUCAUCCGGCGUUGUUUGGGCAGUUUGAUGGUACGCAUGCUGUUGAGCGAGGGUUUGAGGCGUUCCAGAAGGGGGAGGUGGAUGAGCUGGGCGUAAUGGUGCACCGUGUGGUCAAAGAAGUUGAUCGCGGGGAGCCGUUGAUUCAGAGGAGAGUAGAGGUGGUGAAGGGGGAGGCGAUAGAGGCCUAUGAGGAGAGACUACAUAAGGUAGAGUGGGAGAUUAUUGUCGAAGCUACUCGGAUAGUGCUGGAUGAGGUGCAACCGCCCCUGUCAAGCGACAGCUCAAGUUAACAUGAUCAGGCCUACGCGAUGGAUGGCCAACUUGCGCGGUGGAUCUAGCGAGUAACAAAAGGGAAACCAAGGUAGAGAGAUAGGGUAAACAUUGGAAUACAACAAGAAUACAGUAUGCAAUUUAGUCUACAGGCAGACGAUGGGU